CCUUCAAUAGUUACCUUUAUGAAUCAUGUCCUAAUGUAAUGUUAAGAAUGGAAGAACACUGUCUUUUUUUCCUGCCUUCGCUUUUAUUAACUGUUCUGUGGGGAGGAUGGCUUCCAUGCUUUACAGAAGGAAACCAAGGUGUUCAUUGUCGAAGUCUUAGGUUUGAGAAGCCACGUAAAGGAUAUGCUCUGCAACAACACGUUUUCAAACAAAUCACUUUACACCUGGGAAUUGAGCCCAAUCGCAACUGCAAAAAUAGGUGCCUCAUGGAAAAUACCUGUGUGUCCGUGAACAUCGGUCCACCCAACAAGAAUGGCCACAGAGUCUGUCAACUGAGUGAUUCUGACCACAUUCAGCAUCCUGAUGACCUAAAACCACUAGAAGGAUAUCGGUAUUGGAAUACAAAGAAUCCAUGCUCAAGUAGCCCUUGUCUUCCUAAUGCAACCUGCCUAAAUGGGUUUACGGAUAAAGGGUACAUUUGCCUGUGUCAAGGUGGUCACAAGGAAGAAAAUUGUGAGAAAAAAGCAUUCAUAGCCACUUUUACAAAUCUCGAUGCCACUGGAAUGUAUGGUCCAACAACUCUAGGCAGUCAGUACUCAGGUCAGGACCAUGACGGACAAGUCACACUGUCCAGCGGUAUUCAACGAUGGACCGUACCGUACACUGGUGACUACAGAAUAAAAGCAAUUGGAGCAGCAGGAGGAUACGAUGUACAUCCUAACAGCUCUCAGUACCGAGGUAGAGGAGCAAAAAUGAUUGGAACAUUCCGCCUAAACAAGAGCGAAGUCAUCCGGAUACUUGUAGGUCAAGAAGGAGGAAUAAACAAGAAGAACGAAUCCUCUGGAGGUGGCGGAGGUACAUUCGUAGUUAGAGGAGCCAACAUACCUUUGAUAAUAGCUGGAGGCGGAGGAGGGAUAGACUCUGUAAACUCAAGGCAUGAAGGAUGUGACGCCAGCACAAACGCAACAGCGAAUCCUGGGUACGAUUCCUGGUCAGGGGGGAACAAUGGACAUGGUGCGCAGACUGCUGACGAUGAUGGUAACUCAGGUGGUGGUGGUGGCGGGUUUUUCUCCAGUGGAAGAAGUGGAAGGAACUUUAACGGAACCAUGGGAGAGGGUGGAGAAGGUGAUGCUUGUCACUAUAAAUCUCACCAAUCACUUGCAGGUGUUCAUUGUCGAAGUCUUAGGUUUGAGAAGCCACGUAAAGGAUAUGCUCUGCAACAACACGUUUUCAAACAAAUCACUUUACACCUGGGAAUUGAGCCCAAUCGCAACUGCAAAAAUAGGUGCCUCAUGGAAAAUACCUGUGUGUCCGUGAACAUCGGUCCACCCAACAAGAAUGGCCACAGAGUCUGUCAACUGAGUGAUUCUGACCACAUUCAGCAUCCUGAUGACCUAAAACCACUAGAAGGAUAUCGGUAUUGGAAUACAAAGAAUUCAUGCUCAAGUAGCCCUUGUCUUCCUAAUGCAACCUGCCUAAAUGGGUUUACGGAUAAAGGGUACAUUUGCCUGUGUCAAGGUGGUCACAAGGAAGAAAAUUGUGAGAAAAAAGCAUUCAUAGCCACUUUUACAAAUCUCGAUGCCACUGGAAUGUAUGGUCCAACAACUCUAGGCAGUCAGUACUCAGGUCAGGACCAUGACGGACAAGUCACAUUGUCCAGCGGUAUUCAACGAUGGACCGUACCGUACACUGGUGACUACAGAAUAAAAGCAAUUGGAGCAGCAGGAGGAUACGAUGUACAUCCUAAAAGCUCUCAGUACCGAGGUAGAGGAGCAAGAAUGAUUGGAACAUUCCGCCUAAACAAGAGCGAAGUCAUCCGGAUACUUGUAGGUCAAGAAGGAGAUAUAAACAAGAAGGACGAAUCCUCUGGAGGUGGCGGAGGUACAUUCGUAGUUAGAGGAGCCAACAUACCUUUGAUAAUAGCUGGAGGGGGAGGAGGGAUAGACUCUGUAAAAUCAAGGCAUGAAGGAUGUGACGCCAGCACAAACGCAACAGCGAAUCCUGGGUACGAUUCCUGGUCAGGGGGGAACAAUGGACAUGGUGCGCAGACUGCUGACGAUGAUGGUAACUCAGGUGGUGGUGGUGGCGGGUUUUUCUCCAGUGGAAGAAGUGGAAGGAACUUUAACGGAACCAUGGGAGAGGGUGGAGAAGGUGGUAAGGGAUUUCUUCAGGGAGGGGUGGGUGGAAGAGCCAGGUGUUACGAUAUCGCUGGUGGGUUUGGUGGAGGAGGUGGGGCUGAUGGAGAGUUAGGAGGAGGAGGAGGAGGAGGGUACUCUGGGGGAAGCAGUGGACAUGGUAAUUAUGAUUCCUGUGGGGGUGGGGGUGGCUCUUACAACAAUGGAAACAACCAGGACAAUGAGUGUUGUUACAACAAGGCUGGUCACGGUCGGGUAAUAAUCACAUUACUAUGAAAAAGAAUACGUGUUAAUUUGAUUGGUAUUCUAAUUGACCGAUAUCUGUCAAUAAGACUGCCGAAGAGAGCGUAAUUAUAAUGACUGUUUAAUC